AUGGUGAGAGACUGGCAGGAGAGAGCAGAUGCGUACAAGGGCAUCGCUCAUACAAAGUUCCAUUUCCUGAUGGGCACUGGGAUUGACUGCGGCCACGACAACCAGUUCUUAGCUGAACAAGACCCAGCUUCCAGCGCAGCAUCUAUCCUUUGCAAGCAGCUGACCCAGCUGUCGCAGGCGCCGCUCCCCGCGGGGCGGGCAUACGGGACCCGGGACCCCGGACCCCGGACCCCGGCUCUCGCCGUCCCCGUCCCCACCCCCACCCCUACCCCUGCGCGCGCCCCGCCGCCGCUCGCGGAGGCCCGCCCACCCCGUUACCAAGCAACGAGCUACCCAGGCGAGAAGCAACCGAGCAGAAUGCCUGGGAGAAGGGAAGGCGGUUGGGAAGAGAGCUUGAGCAGCAGAAAUGAGCCCGGGAAAGCACCGCCAGCAUCCCCGCGCCCACCCCGCUUCCAGCCUCGGAGCCGCCCGGCCCUGCGGCGUGGCCCCAGCGCGCCCUCCCGUGGCCGCUCGGGGCGCCAGCGGCCCGAAUCCCCGCUCCUUGCCUCCCUUCUCCCAGCAAAACCAAGAGCCAAAGCCGAGUACUGUUCUGUUACAGAAAAGCAUCCUGAGGAAGAGGAUGAGGUUGACUGCGUUCUCCUUUCAGCGUCCAAGAUCCUAAAUUCCUCUGAGGGGGUUAAGGAAAAAGGUUUCAGUGACACAGGUAAAAGCUCCCAGGCCAUGGCUCCGAUGGCAGUGAUGUUUCUACCUUUUUACUACAGGCAACCGGCCCUUCAGCAUCAGCUGGAAUCGUUUCAGGCUCUCCGAAUACAGACGUUGCAGAAUGUUAGCAUGGUACAGUCAGAAAUCAGCGAAAUACUGAACAAAAGUAUUAUCGAAGUAGAAAAACCGCAAUUUAGCUCAGAAAAAAAUCUAGUACUCGGCACAUGCAAUGAAAAGGCUUUGCCUAUAGAGAAUCAAGAAGAAACCCUUUCUAUGGAGGAAAUUCAUCAUCUUGAGGAUUCUAGGACUCUUCAUUCAGUAGAAGAAAAAUUCAGUAGUGAUAUUGUUAACAGUCUCUCUCAAGGUAUAAAUAUUCCAUGCCAGAUACAUUUCAAGGACAUAUUAACUCUGAGACCUUCAACAGAUAAUUUAGCUUCAGAAAACUCUGACAUGUUGAAGAAUUAUAAUAAUCUUUAUGAUUUUCUACCUCAUGCACCUCAAAAUGGGAUGUCUCAAGCUGAUACGGUAAUUCUGGAUAAGUCCAAAAUGACUCUGCCUUUUCUCAAGCAUGGAUUUUGUGAAAAUUUAGACGAUAUUUGCCAUUCUAUCCAACAAAUGAAGGAAGAGCUUCAAAAGUCACAUGAUAGAGAACUAGCACUUACAAAUGAAUUGCAAACUUUAAAAGCUGUUCCAAGGAAUGGUAACUAUGACCUGCCCCCCAUGCACAAGGAAAAAAUUGACUUUAUUAAGGAAGAAAAUAUUGAAAGUAACUUAAAUGAAGAUAUAAAAUCAAAGAGAAUUUUGGAAUUAGAAGCAUUAGUAAACAAAUUACUCCCACUUAGGGAAACAGUGUCAAAAUUCCAUGUGAAUUUUUGUAGGAAAUGUAAAAAAUUAUCUAAGAGUGAAAUACACAGGGGGAAAAAGCAUGAGAAGAAUAAUAAAGAAAUUCCUAUCACUGACAAGAAUAUUGCAGAUUUAAAACUCCAUUCCAGAGUUCCAAGACAUACACUGGCAUUCUUUGACCCAACAAAAUAUGAAAUGAAAGACAAAGAAAGACAACCAUUUGCAGUAAAACAAGGAUCAAUAAUAUUGGAAAAUGAGAAGACAUCCAAAGUCAAUUCUGUUACUGAGCAGUGUGUAGCAAAAAUUCAGUACUUACAGAAUUACCUGAAAGAAUCUAUGCAGAUACAGAAAAAAGUAAUGAAACUAGAGAAUGAAAAUCUAACCCUGAAAACGAAAAUUAAACCUCUUGUCUUUACCACACAGUCUCUGAUACAUAAAAUUGAAAUGUAUGAAAAGCAACUUAAGACAUUGGUUGAAGAAAAAAACACUAUUCAGUCCAAGUUAAUUAAAGCAGAAGAAGAUGGCAAAGAAUGUCUUAAAGAAUUGAAAAAAAUAAUUUGUAACUAUAGUGUUCUCCAAGGACAAAAUAAAACCCUAGAUGAAAAAAAAAGUCAACUUUCUUUGGAGAAGCAACAAAUGAUAGAAACAUUAGAACAACUAAAAAGUAAGGAACACAAAACUCAAAGUGACAUGGCCAUUGUCAAUAAUGAAAAUAAACGAUUGACCAUAGAAAUGGAAUCAAUGAAAACAAAUAUUCUAUUGAUACAAGAGGAAAAAGAAAUGUUAGAGAAAAAGACAUACCAGCUUCUAAAGGAAAAAGGCUCACUUGAAAAUGAACUAAAAGAAAACCAGCUAGAGAUAAUGCAGCUAAAAGAGAAAGAAAGAUUGGCAAAAACUGAACAAGAGACACUUCUUCAAAUAAUAGAAACAGUUAAAAAUGAAAAGCUUAAUCUUGAAACGACUUUACAAGAAUCUACUGCUGCGAGAGAAAUGAUGGAAAGAGAAAUUGAGGAUAUUCAAACAUACCAAUCUACCGCAGAAGAGAACUUUCUGCAAGAAAUAAAAAAUGCAAAAUCAGAAGCAAGUAUUUAUAAGAACAGUUUGUCAGAAAUGGGCAACGAAUGUGAAAUGUUAUCAAAAAUGGUAAUGGAAAUUAAAACUGAUAAUCAGAUUCUAAAAGAAGAACUAAAAAAACAUAGUCAAGAAAGUAUAAAAUUUGAAAACAGCAUCAGUAGACUUGAGGAAGACAAAAUACUUUUAGAAAACUAUGUAAGAAGUAUAGAGAAUGAAAGGGAUACCUUGGAAUUUGAGAUGCAGAAUCUUCAAAGAGAAUAUUUAAAUCUAAGUGGAAAAAUCUGUAGUCAUCAUAUUGACCUAUCAAAAAUGGGUUACAUUUCAAGAAGAGAGAAAUUCCAUUUUGACAUCUAUGAUAUUUAUGAAGACACCUCUAGUCCUAGGAGUAGGCCUUUAGCCCCUGAUUUGACAGGUAUGUAUAUUGUGGUGGGUUAG